AGGAAGCUGAGCUGCCAGUAUUGUGGGGCUCGCUUAGGGGGAUUUCACUUUGUCAGCAGUGCAAAAUGUAUCGGACAGGACGAGACCGUUCACCUCUGCGCGAGCACCGCCGACCAUGAGCCGCAAGCGCCUUUUCUGCACUGCGACGAACUGGGACGGAUGGCGGAAGCCCUGUGUCUCGAGGUGGGAUCCAAGCGCGCGGACGCGAAAGCCGCAGGCGCCGAUGGCCAGUCAUCCGUGUCGUCUUGGCCGCCAAUGGUAGCUGGUGGUGGGGCAGCACACAGGAAAGCCCGCAGUCUGGACUACAGAGACAGAGAUGGUCGCGGCAGUGAGACACAACAGGGACUCUCUGGCAGCUGCUCUGAGCUUCUCCAAACUCGAGUCCCUGACCGGGUCGCUCAGCAAAAAGAAGCCCCGCCCGGAACACGUCCCUGUGCCGACUGCCAGCGGGCGGCCGCCCAUUUCAGCCCCAGGGUAGACUCAGGGCCUGCCCCGCCCGCACUGUCCCACGCCAGCCCCGAUCCCCCCACACAGAGACCCUCUCCGCCUUUGCGCUGCGGGGCGGAUGCCCCCAGGGGGCUCCACGGAGAACAGGGCGUCGGCCCAGCUCUCGUUCUGAGGAGGCGCCUCAUGUCGCAGAGUAGCACGGAGCAGGGAGAGGAGGAAGAGGAGGAGCAGGAGGAGGACGAAGAGCAGCGAGGCAGUGCCUUGCAGACUACUCCAUUGCUGGCCACGCCCUCUGUCACGCCCUUGGUGGAACGCAGGCUGAGUAAGCGUGAGAGGAACCGGCUGAAGAGCCUGAGGAGGAAACAGAGGAGGAGGGAGCGCUGGAUCCAGAGCCAGCUACAGGAACACAGACAGAGUUCGACGGGUAACCCAUCGAGCAGCAGUGAGGAUGAGGACGUACACGCGGGGGACAGAGAUGGCUUCAUCUGCGCCGUGUGUCUGGACGUCUACUUCAGUCCCUACAUGUGCCACCCCUGCAACCACGUCUUCUGCGAACCCUGCCUGCGCACGCUGGCCAAAAACAGCCCCACCAACACGCCCUGCCCCCUCUGCCGGACCGUUAUCACGCACGUCUUCUUUCAGAAAGAGCUGAACCAGACCACACGCACCUUCUUCCCGAAGGAGUACCUGUCCCGGAAGCAGAACUUCCAGAAGGCCACCUGCGCCAAAUGGCCCCUCCCCAGCUGUCGCAAGCUCUUCCGCAUCUUUGGGGGGUUCCGGAGACAGGCUAGUCCAAUCACACGCCGGCAGUUCCCCCACGGUGGCUAUCGCUUGGACGCGCUGGACUUCGAGGAUGACUCACGAGGCUGGAGGUUCGACAUGGACAUGGUGAUCAUCUACAUCUACUCCGUCAACUGGGUCAUUGGCUUCAUCGUUUUCUGCUUCCUCUGCUACUUCUUCUUCCCUUCCUUCUGAAGCUGAGUGCUGUCCCUGUGGGAUGGAGGGGGAAAGGCUCGUGUUAUAUACAUUUUCUAUUGACUCAGUGUGAUGCUUUUAGAUGGUUUUGAAGAUUCUCAAAAAAACAACAGCCAA